ACAAAAAACAUUCCAUGUUUCAAAGCCACUUUAACAGUAUUUUUUUUAAUUUCAGACACGAAAUUUAAGCCGUUCUUAGACAGACUACUUGAGUUAGACAAAUUGAGCACACAAGACUUAAGAGAUGAAGUGAACACUAUGAUUCUUGCCGGCUUUGAGACCACGUCCGCAAUACUUUCCUACUGCCUGCUGCUGCUAGGAACACACAAUAGAAUACAGGAAAAAUGUUAUCAAGAAAUAAACGAAGUGUUCGGUGAUUCCGACCGAGACGUUACCAAAGACGACUUACCCCGACUUAAGUACAUUGAAAUGGUGCUUAAAGAGACUAUGCGGCUGUGUACUGUUGUACCGUAUACUACGAGAGUUAUUACUGAAGAUUUACAACUUAAGAAUGCAGUUCUACGCAAAGGCCACCUAUGCUUCGUAGGGCUGUACGGGGCCAUGCAUCACCCCACGUGGGGACCUGACGUAGAACAAUUCGUACCAGAGCGUUGGCUGGACACCAGCAGUCUGAAUCCUAACGCUUUUGCAGCAUUUGGACACGGGAGACGGAAUUGUGUCGGUAAAGUCUACGCGAUGAUGACGAUGAAAGUGUCAAUGGUACACAUCCUUCGCGCAUAUAGAGUAAAAGGCGAUUACCACAAAAUGCGCCUAAAAAAUUUGCCAAUAAACAAACCUGUCGACGGGCACCAAAUUACCUUAUUUAACCGAUAAUAUUUUGUAUUCAAAAUAAAUUAUUAUCACUC